AUGUGUAAUUAUUUGAAAUUUAUAAUACCUGCUUUACUACUAAUUAGUUCAUUUUAUUUUUUAUAUGAAACCUAUGGCUCAUCAUUAACAUUUGACAGCAUCGAGGUCGACUAUAUAAGUCCUAAAGAAAAAUUAUUAGAAACAAUAUCCAAUAAACCAAAUUAUAAAACUGAAGGAUUAAAUUUUCAAACUAAUAGAAAACAUAUAAUUCCAACAACUGAUACAAUACUGGAAAAAUUAGCUAAAAUAUUCCCUUAUGAUCAAAAUAAAGAUUUUUCAAAACAAUUAUGGCAAACUUGGAAAGUUGGAUUAGAUGAUAAAGAAUUUCCAGACAACUUCAAAGAAUAUCAUGAAAGUUGGGUUGAAAAAAAUCCAGAUUUUGAAUUUCAUGUAGUACCUGAUGAAAAAUGUGAUGAAAUGAUAAUGGAAUUAUAUAAAGAUGUGCCUGAUGUUAUAAAAGCUUAUCAUACAUUACCAAAAGUAAUUUUAAAAGCUGAUUUUUUUAGAUAUUUAAUAUUAUUCGCAAAAGGUGGGAUUUAUUCAGAUUUAGAUACAGUUGCUUUAAAACCUGUAAGUCAAUGGCCAAGUACUCAAGAUCAAUAUUUGAAUGAUCCAAUAAAUAUUGGGUUAACUGUUGGUAUUGAAGCAGAUCCUGAUAGAGAUGAUUGGGCGCAAUGGUAUGCUCGUCGUAUACAAUUUUCUCAAUGGACAAUUUUUCUGAAAGUUGGACAUCCAAUGUUAAGAGAUUUAAUUUCAAAAAUAACAACUAUAACUUUAGUUAGAGAAAUGACUGGGAAAUUAAAUGAAAUUUUAGAUGGGAAAGAUCAAGGGAAUGAUAUAAUGAAUUGGACUGGUCCAGGGAUUUAUACUGAUUGUAUUUUCCGAUAUCUUAAUAUUAUAUUACAUGAAUCAUUUGAUUUAGAUAUUAUAAUUGAUAAUGAUAUUUUUAAAAGAUUGGAAAAACCUAUAGUGGUAGAUGAUGUUAUGUUGAUGCCAAUAACAUCGUUUCUGCCUGGUCAUAAUGAUGAAAGUAAUCAUGCAUUAGGUAUUGAUUCUGAGUUAGCUUUAGUACAACAUAAAUUUGAAGGUAGUUGGAAAAAUAAUGGAUAA